UCUCUCUUUCCACUUCUCCAUUCUCAUUGAAAACGCAAUCGAUUGCAACUCCAACUUUGAGUUCUCCUUUUCGUAGUUAGCUCUAGAACAAAAUAAAAAUCGGACCAAUGAAAGCUCCAACGACGAACCAUGUACAGCAAACACGUCAACAUGGCCGAACCACUAUAAACCACCGAACCGCUGGUUCUACCCGGUUUCAUAGGAUAUCUGGACCGGUCCCACCGGUUGAACCACGCAAAACGCUUCAAUUUGUAUGUUUUUGAAAAAUGGUUAUUUUUGUGCUGUUUACAUGUUUGUUAUAAUGCGUGGCUGGGCCAUACCACCUAUUACUGAGAUCGUUGACUCAAUUUGUUUUUGUCUUUCGAGGAUUCUACUUUAUCAAUUUGUAUUCACUCUUAUCUUAGUUUCUGAAAUUCAUCAAUUAUUCACAUAUCUCAACUUCACUUUUUCCUUGUUAACAUUAACAUGAACACUUUCUCUCAAUUUCUCUUACUUUCACUCACAUUCAUUUGGUUCAUAUCUCUAACAGCUGCUGCUACUACUAUCCACCCUGAUGAAAAGAAAGCUCUUGAAGAUAUAGGUAAAUCACUUGGUAAGAAGGAUUGGAACUUUGAUAUUGAUCCCUGCAGCAACAAACCUAAUUGGGUUACGCCUCCUAUACCCCAUGUUUAUGAGAAUAAUGUCACCUGUGAUUGCUCUAUUGGCGGUGAUAACUUCUGCCAUGUUAUUUGGAUAAGUUUAAAAGGGCAAAAUCUCCAAGGUACUCUCUCACCGGAACUGAAGAGGUUGCGUCACCUCCAAAUGAUUGACCUUGCUCGCAAUAACUUGAAUGGUACAAUUCCUAAAGAAUGGGGCUCCUUGACGAAUAUUCGUAAAAUGGGUCUCCUCUCAAAUCGAUUAACCGGUUCAAUACCAGUGGAGAUUGCUAACAUAUCUCAUCUCCAAGAAUUGGAGUUAUACAACAAUCAAUUUUCUGGAAAUCUUCCUCCUGGACUUGGGCAUCUAACCCAAAUUCGAACAUUGCGACUUUCCUCUAACAAUUUUACUGGAGAACUACCUGUGACAUUCGCUAAGCUCACUACAUUGACAGAAUUCCGAAUUGAGGACAACCAAUUCUCUGGAAAGAUACCCGAUUAUAUUCAGAACUGGACAAGUAUUAAUAAGAUACUGAUUCAAGGAAGUGGAUUAAGUGGGCCUAUUCCUUCUGGAAUUUCACGUUUGAGAAACUUAACAGACUUGAGAAUCAGUGAUCUGAAUGGAUCUGAAUAUGCACCUUUGCCUCAACUUAGUAAUCUGACACUGUUAAACAACCUGAUUCUGAGGAAUUGCAACAUCACUGGAACUCUACCUGAAAAUCUCAAGACUAUGAAAUCUUUAAAAAUCUUAGACCUUAGCUUUAACAACUUAAGUGGAACAAUUCCGAGGACUUAUGCUGACAUGAACAGUGUGAAAUAUAUAUUUUUAACUGGAAAUCUUUUGACUGGACCAGUGCCGGCUUGGAAAAAGAACGUUAGCGUAGAUCUUUCAUACAAUAACUUCAACAUCAGCCAAGGGAAUCAGAUAUGUCGAGAUGAAAAUGUGAACUUGUUUUCGACCUCAUGGGCACGCAAUGGCACAGGAACAACUUCGUGUUUGAGCUUUCAGUGUCCCAAACCCUCAAACUCACUCUAUAUAAAUUGUGGCGGAAAUCAAACACGAGUCAACGGAAAAAGUUAUGACGGUGAUUCAGAUUCACCUGGACCAGCUAGAUUUCAUGCCAGUCCAACUGGAAACUGGGCAUUUAGCACCACUGGUAUAUUCAUUGAAAGUGGUGAUCUUGGAGAAACUUAUUCCCCACAAAACAUCUCUAAACUUACUAUGGAAGAUGCUGAAUUGUACACCAAUGCACGUGUUUCUCCUAUUUCUUUGACUUAUUAUGGAUUUUGCCUGGCAAAUGGAAGCUACACAGUAAAUCUACAUUUUGCUGAAAUAAUGAUCCCAGACGAUCAAACUUACGGAAGUAAUGGAAGGCGUAUAUUUGAUAUAUACCUUCAGGGAAAUGCAGUGCAAAAGGACUUCAAUAUUGCCAAAGAAGCAGGAGGAGUUGGUAAGAAAAUCAUAAAACAGUUCAAUGAUGUUGUUGUUUCUAGUAAUACUUUGGAGAUCCGUUUGUAUUGGGCUGGAAAAGGAACACAAUCUCUCCCAAAUAAAUCAGUAUACGGUCCUCUUAUAUCCGCUAUAUCAGUGGAAUCAUCUGACUCUGCAGCUGGAAUCAUAUCUGCAGGAGCUGUAGUUGGAAUUGUGGUUGCAGCAACGAUUAUCAUGUUAUCAUUCUAGUAUUUAUAAAAUAACAUAAAACGAUGACGAUCAUGUUCAUAGACAUGAAUAUCAAAGGUGGUGUUUCGCAUAGUAUUGGCAAAUGCCAUUAACAAAAGUAGCAUCCCUCAAAGGGGCAUUACAUACUGAAGCAGAAAAUAAACAACAUAGUUAUAACGAAAGAGGGGUGCUAUCUUUACACAAAAAAUCCAACUUCUAUGGUUUGCAUGCUCUAUUAUCUGGUUUAUAUUUCUGUCUCGGUGCAGUCCGAAGAUUGGAAUCCGAAAUAACAUGUUAUUUGAUUUUUGGUUUGACUUGUUUAUGUUUUUAUGUUAUGACAUCUCUCUGAUGUACUUAUUUGAUUGUGGAAAAAAUGUCGAACAACAAAGAAAGAUUGAGACA